CGGAAGGAUUUAGGCAGAGGGCAUGUUUCCUGGAAGAACCAGGAAAGGGGACAGCCACUGCCACUGUCUCCAAGGACAUCAGCAUAGCUCCCUUCCAGACCCUCUACCCUUUCUCCCUCCCACCAGCCCGGGCGAACAGGGACCAAGCUUGCUUACUGUCACCUGACGCUGGGCAGCCACUGAUCCCAUUGGUGGAGCCAGAUUCAGUCUGGCUCUCCUGUUCCUUCUCGCCUUCUCUGCCUCUCUCUCCUCCACGCCGCUUUGAUUUUGCUCUUGCCUCUCCUUGCGCUCGGCUGGAAACAUCACCUCUCUGGGGGCAGCAGCGCGCUGCGGACCAGGCAGGGGCUGCCUGCGGGGCAUGGAAGAAGCCUCCUUGGCAGCCGUGAGAGGAGCGAGAGAAGCCAGUGAGCACUGCUGUCUGUGACCCAGGCAUCUGGCCGCUGCCUCUCUGCCUGGGGAGCCCAUCCACACAGAGGUCUCUCCUUUUCCUCCCUUCCAGGUCUUCCUCUGCAGAGCCCAUUGGAGCCAGCAUUCCCACUGCCUCUGCCACCUGUCAGGUGCCUUCUGCUCUGCAGACCCCUCCAAGGAGAGCCAAGAACCCCCUGUGGGGGGACACCCCAUCCCACCUUCGGUCCCCCCCUUAGUCUUCCCUGUGCUAUCUUUCCAUCAGACUUGAUGAGUCCCCACAGGAGCCAAACCAGAGGGGAACAUGGAGCUGCUGUCCACACCCCACAGCAUUGAGGUCAAUAAUAUCACCUGUGACUCCUUCCGCAUCUCCUGGGCCAUGGAGAACAGCGACCUGGAGAGGGUCACCCAUUACUUCAUCGACCUCAACAAGAAGGAGAAUAAGAACUCCAACAAGUUCAAGCACCGGGAUGUCCCCACCAAGCUUGUGGCCAAAGCCGUGCCGCUGCCCAUGACAGUGAGAGGCCACUGGUUCCUGAGCCCCCGCACGGAAUACAGCGUAGCGGUGCAGACUGCCGUGAAGCAGAGCGACGGGGAGUACCUGGUGUCCGGCUGGAGUGAGACCGUCGAGUUCUGCACCGGGGAUUAUGCCAAGGAGCACCUGGCACAGCUGCAGGAGAAGGCUGAGCAGAUCGCGGGCCGUAUGCUGCGCUUCUCUGUCUUCUACCGUAACCAUCACAAGGAGUACUUCCAGCAUGCCAGGACCCAUUGUGGGAACAUGCUGCAGCCCUACUUGAAGGACAACAGCGGCAGCCACGGUUCCCCGACCAGCGGCAUGCUCCACGGAGUCUUCUUCAGUUGCAACACGGAGUUCAACACAGGCCAGCCCCCUCAGGACUCUCCCUACGGCCGCUGGCGCUUCCAGAUUCCCGCCCAGCGCCUUUUCAACCCCAGCACCAACCUCUACUUUGCAGACUUCUACUGUAUGUACACAGCCUACCACUAUGCCAUCCUGGUUCUGGCCCCCAAGGGCUCCCUGGGGGACCGCUUCUGCCGAGACCGCCUGCCCCUCCUGGACAUUGCUUGCAACAAGUUCCUGACCUGCAGUGUGGAGGAUGGAGAGCUGGUCUUCCGCCACGCCCAGGAUCUCAUCCUGGAGGUCAUCUAUACGGAGCCCGUCGACCUGUCCCUGGGCACCCUGGGAGAGAUCAGUGGCCACCAGCUCAUGAGUCUGUCCACUGCCGACGCCAAGAAAGACCCCAGCUGCAAGACCUGCAAUAUCAGUGUGGGCCGCUAGGGACUCCUGGGGCGCUGGGGGGCUAGGGAGAGAGGACAGGCAGGGCGCCAUGGGCGGCAUAGGUUCAGGGAGCUGGCUUUCUCUCCCCUAGCCCCCUGCUCCCUCCAUGCCUUUGGUCUCCCCCUCCCCACCCCUUGGCAUUACAGGCAGCAGAGGGCGGUUCCCUUGGUAGGCCUGGUAGACCUGGAAAGGCUCUUAGCCUCUGUAGCUUGGUGGGGGGUUGGAUUUCUGGAGACUUCCCCUUUCCUCUGGUUUCCCAGUCCUGCUGUUUCCUGCUUUCUCCCAGGCCUCCACCUCCUGGAGACUUUAGGCCUCCCGGGCCUUCCAGGCCCAAGUCGAUGUGUAGCUUGCCUGCCUCCAGAGGUGACACAGAACUGUGGGGUGCUCCUCCUUAGCCCCACCCACCCCACUCAGGUCCACCACAGGAUGCCCCUGCCUUCUCAGCCGGGCCUGGGGGCUUCCCAUGCCAGGUUUGGCCCCUUCCCUCUAUAAAUAGACUCCUGCACCGCUGUGACCCCAGCUGCUCCUGACCCAAAGCACCUCCUCCUGCAUGGGGAGUUGUCCCCCCCUCUUGUCACCUGCACUAGAAAGAGGCCCUCUUUUUCCUCUUGGCUUUGGGGCAUCCAAGCUCUUGGAAUGUUUUGUUUCAUCUAUCUGGAGAAUGUCUAGACCCCAGUGGACUUGCUCCCUUGCUCAGAGCACGGGGGCCUGGAAUGGCAGCCACUGGGGUUGAGCAGGGGGAGAGAGACCCCUGAGACCCAGAACGACACCUUCCUUGGGCAGGGGUGGGCUGCCUCCCGCCCUGAGGGGACCUAGUAUGGAACUAGACCCAAGGGCUUUCCUGCAGAGCCCUGGCACCCGCCUGGCUGUGCACUUUCCUUGCUGUCUCUGCCAUGGUGCUGUGACUGCACUGUGCCGUUUGUGAUCUGGACUGUGGCUUCCCUGCCACCCCACCUCGUGCCCCUGCCCACUGGCACUGUCCUCGCCACCCCCUUUCUCAAGCCCAUUGGCAGAGAGCCCCUUCCCUGGGGAACUCUUGUUGAAGACUUUCCCAGGCCUAACAGCGUUUUUACCUAUUUCCUACUUUUGUACAGGUCAUGAGGGUGGUGAGGGUGGACCCCCUGAGACAAGCAGACCAGGUGGGGUGACGGGGAGAGGUGUUGAUGGAGGCAACUAGCUAUCGAGGGGGAUGAUGGAGGUGAUGUCAGGCAGAAGAGAGAAGCCUCCACAAUGACAGCCAGAUUUCUGUGAUGAAGGACAGAAGGAGCCAGCAGGCCAACAAGGCCAUAUCUCGGUUAGGGGCAGGUGGGACAGCUGGUCGCCUCUUCUGUAGCCACAGGGAGUGGAGUGGUUCAGGUCUGGGGGGGCCUGGGAAAUGCGUGGAGAAGAGGACAUGGGCCCCCAGGCCCUUUCCCCCUCUGCUGGCAGCGUUGCUGUGGGGGUGGCUCGCUGCCCUCCCCUGGCCUGCUGUCUGCCCCUGGCUGGGGCGUGCCCGCCUGUGCUGUGCUUGCAUUGUGCAUCAAUAAACCACCAUGGCCUG